AUGACAAACACCGCGAGAGUUCUGUACUUCUUAAGCGCAUGCGCGGAAGUUCUCGUUCUUUCCGUGUGUUAGGAGCCGGCUGUCUCCAUCAUGAGUAGCAAAGUUUCUCGAGAUACACUCUAUGAAGGGGUAAGGGAGGUACUCCAGGGAGCCAGGAGGAAGAAGAGAAAGUUUUUGCAAACUGUGGAGCUUCAGGUCAGCCUCAAAAACUAUGACCCUCAAAAGGACAAGCGUUUCUCUGGCACAGUCAGGCUAAAGUCUACGCCACGACCCAAAUUUUCAGUUUGUGUUUUGGGGGAUCAACAGCACUGUGAUGAGGCUAAAGCAGUGGACUUGCCCCACAUGGACAUAGAAGCCCUAAAGAAAUUAAACAAGAAUAAGAAAAUGGUGAAAAAGUUAGCCAAGAAGUAUGAUGCCUUCUUGGCCUCUGAGUCACUUAUUAAGCAAAUUCCUCGUAUCUUGGGACCUGGCUUAAAUAAGGCUGGAAAGUUUCCCUCCUUAUUAACACACAAUGAGAACAUGGUGGCUAAAGUUGAUGAAGUGAAAUCCACAAUUAAGUUUCAGAUGAAAAAGGUCUUGUGCUUGGCUGUGGCUGUUGGGCAUGUAAAGAUGACAGAGGAGGAGCUUGUGUACAACAUCCACCUUGCUAUCAACUUCUUGGUAUCUCUUCUAAAGAAGAACUGGCAGAAUGUGAGGGCCCUCUACAUCAAGAGCACCAUGGGCAAACCACAGCGUUUGUACUAAUUUGUGAUACCAAUAAAGUGCUUUCAUAUGAUA